CCCCUCCCCCUCCCCCCCCCUCCCUCCCCCUCCCCCUCCCCCCCUCCCCCUCCCCCCCCCUCCCCCCCUCCUCCCCUCCCCCCCCCCCCUCCCCCCCUCCCCCCCCCCCCCCCUCCCCCC